GACAGCUAACACUAACGCUAUGCGGAACUGUUAAUUAGAAAUGAAAAAGUGCUAAUAAAAAUAGAUAUAUACUUUGGGAAAUAUUUGGUAGUGUAAUUAUAAGACUUAUCUAGCAGCACUGCCUAUAAUAUAACUAUCUAGACAUAGCAGGUAAUGAGUUGCUGGAGCAAUGUAUGUAUGAGCAGUUACAUUUUCAGUGCUGAACAUCCAACGUCUGAGAACAGAGGAUGAGUUCAUUAAUGAAAAGAUGGAGCCGGUUUUAAAAGGGUUACUUUAACCAAUGAGUAUCAUUCUUGGACUAUGAUUGUCCUUUAUAGCCAUUUGAAAUGUGAAACUCAUCUGUUGGCUACUGGGAAUGAAGUAUCUUGCAAUCUCAUUUUCACAUGGUUUUCUGUUCUGCCUUAGACAAUAUUGUUGUCUUCUACCUGACUUUGUUUGUAGGCUUUGUUCCUUCCCUUUUCUGCUAGCCUUGUCUUCUUGUCAGAAGGCUCAAGCAACAGCAUGGUAAUAUAGUGAUGUUCUUGCUUCAGGCUUCUGAUUAUCAUCUAUGAAACUCAGCAGUAUUGUUAAUUGCUUUCUAUUGUUUGUGUUAACUAUCGUUUGUGAGACAGACCCGGAGUUGUAUGUCAGCAGAUUUAAGUAGUAUGGCAUAAGAAAUAAGAAAGCAUGUAUGAGUUUAACAACGUAACAAUUAGUAGUAUGCGUUGGGGUGGCUCAGGCUAUGCAGAUGCUGGUACUUUGGAUAUGCUGAUCUUGCUAUGGAAGAGCUGCACACAGUCCCUGCCAAUUAUCUACCAAGUAGCUGGAAUGAAUUUUUAAAAUCAACUCUUCCCAUUGUUUAAGCUUCUUUGUUGUCUUUCCCAUAUGAUUGGGUGUGGGUGGUUGUUUUUUUUUUUUUUUUCGUUUGAUUUUGUUUGGCUUUUUUUUGUGUGUGAGACAAUACUGCCCAAGCCCUCCUGCUAGAACCUUAUUACACUUACGUAGACACGGACUUAAGGGCAUUACUAAAAACAACCAUUCUUGGGUGACUGUCCGCUUUUUUUUAUUUCAGAUGAAGAAUAAUUUCUUAGAGGUGAAAUAGGAUUAUUAUUAUUAUUUUUUUUUAAUGCGAGUUGUUCGGGUAAUGCAAGGAAUUUGGUUUAUGCAAAAUAAUCCUGUGGUGAAAUUGCAUGGUCUAAUAUUUUGAGAAGCAAGCAUUAACCUACCAUUGCUAGGAAAUGGUAAUUAGAACCAUCUGGAUUCUUGAAGUCCUUGGCAGUCAUGUUUUGAAAGCAAUUAAUCUAAGCUGAAGAUAAUGCAAGUUCCAUUUCUAAAAUGUUCCUAAUCUUUUGGUUAAUAGUGUUUGCCAUAAUCUGUUUACAAGUACUUUCAAAAUGGUGUUUCAUCAUCCUAACUGGUGCUGUCUAAACAUUAUUCUAUAUAAAGAAUUCUGCGUCUUAAACAUUUCAUCAACAUUUUAUUUCCUGCUGAGAAUUUAUGUACUUCCGAUUCGUGAGGCCAUCAGGCUUUCUUGUAGCACUGCUGCUUUGUGAUUAUACACUUCUUUUGUGAUUGUUUUUCACGUGGAGUUUAGAGAGCAAAGAGGGCUCAGUGAUAUCAGAAGGCAAGUCACCUACAGAACUUUUUAAAACAAAAAGUCAGUGUCAGUACCUGAAAUGAUUUCAUUAUAUUGGGCUUGAAUAUGAUACUUUUCAAAAACUACAUGUUUCCCAUUCUUCUAAAUAAUGAACUGAAUGAUUUAAUGCAUAAUUUGUGCUCUUGUCCUACCUUUAUCACUGUCCUAUUGUCUCAUAAACUGCUGUACCUUCUUACAAUGUUUUCAGUAGUGUCAAAAAACAGUAGAAUUUUGCAACAUUCUUUACCUUAUCAUUUGAUUUAUCUUCGUUUUCGUACUUUUUGCAUUGAAUGACAGCUUCUAGCCGGGAUGAUAGCAGAGCCUGCUUUUCUCUCUGAGUAUACUAUCUUUGCUUUGGAUCCCACCAAGCAACCUAAGCCACAGAGUGACGGUGUGAAUUUACUUAAGCAAACAGUUCCCAGAUCAACUGAAAACAAUGGAAGUGAGCCAGCAUCCCCUCAGCCAAGUGAUGCUCAGUCAUUCACCCAGCGUCUUCAGCUCCGAGUUCCCUCCAUGGAGUCAUUGUUUCGAAGCCCAGUGAAAGAGUCCCUGUUCCGCUCUUCUUCUAAAGAGUCCCUGGUACGAACAUCCUCCAGAGAUUCGCUGAAUCGGCUGGAUGUGGAUGCAGCUGGUCCCACCUUUGACCCACCUUCUGACAUUGAAAGCGAGACCGAGGAGGUUUCAGGGAAUGCAGACAGCCUCAGCAAGGAGCAGCUGCUGCAGCGACUGCGCCGAAUGGAGCGCAGCUUGGGCAACUACAGAGGGAAAUACGCUGAGCUGGUGUCUGCUUAUCAAGUUAUCCAACGAGAGAAGAAGAAGCUACAGGGCAUUCUGAGUCAAAGUCAGGAUAAAGCACUUCGCAGAAUUGGAGAACUGAGAGAGGAGCUCCAGAUGGAUCAACAAGCUAAGAAACAUCUCCAGGAGGAAUUUGAUGCUUCCUUAGAAGAAAAAGAUCAACUUAUUAGUGUUCUGCAAACUCAGGUGUCGUUGCUGAAGCAGAGGUUACAGAAUGGUCAGAUAGGCAUUGAAUUACCUGAUCCAAAUAACCAGUCUGAAUCACAAGUUCAAAGUCAAAGAAAAGAAAUCAAUGCAGAAAAUAUUGUGGAACCAGGAAGCGAUGAGGGUAAUGAAGAUUCUGUUAAAACACUGGAAACUCUUAAUCAGAGGGUGAAGCGCCAAGAGAACUUGCUGCAGCGCUGCAAGGAGAUGAUUCGGUCACACAAGGAGCGCUGUGCCCAGCUAAGCAAUGAGAAGGAGGCACUGCAGGAGCAGCUGGAAGAGAGACUUCAGGAGCUAGAGAAAAUGAAGGACCUUCACAUGGGUGAGAAGACAAAACUGAUUACACAGCUGCGUGAUGCAAAAAAUUUGAUUGAGCAACUAGAACAGGACAAGGGCAUGGUAAUUGCAGAGACAAAGCGACAAAUGCAUGAAACAUUGGAAAUGAAGGAGGAAGAGGUAGCCCAGCUACGUGCUCGGAUCAAGCAGAUAACUACACACGGCGAGGAGUUGAAAGAGCAGAAAGAGAAAUCUGAAAGAGCUGCUUUUGAAGAGCUUGAGAAGGCUCUGAGUAUGGCCCAAAGAACAGAAGAAGCCAGGAAAAAAUUACAGGCAGAAAUGGAUGAAAAAAUCAAAGCAGUAGAAAAGGCAAGUGAGGAAGAGAGGGUAAAUCUUCAGCAAGAGUUGACCAGAGUGAAGCAAGAGGUGGUUGAGAUUAUGAAGAAGUCUUCAGAAGAUCGUGUGGCUGAGCUGGAAAAAUUACAUAAAAAAGAAAUGGCUACCAAAGAUCAGGAGCUAAAUGAGAAAUUGCAGGCCCAAGAAAGAGAGUUCCAGGAGAAGAUGAAGACAGCUCUUGAGAAAAAUCAGAGUGAGUGUUUAAAAACCCUUCAAGAGCAAGAGCAACAGGAAUCCCUAGCCUUAGAAGAACUAGAGCUGCAGAAGAAAGCAAUACAGUCAGAAUGUGACAAAAAACUUGAGGAGAUGCAUCAGGAAGUAGAGACUUUUAGAACUAGAAUUCUUGAAUUGGAGAGCUCUCUUGCAAAGUGCUCACAAGAUGACAGAAAGCGUUCAGAGGAAUUAAGCACUUUGAUGGAGUCUGAAAAAAUGCAGCAUAACAAGAAAGUGAGUGAUUUGGUUGAAAAACACAAGGAGGAAUUGGAGAAUGUGAAGCAGCAGCAGGAAAAGCUUUGGACAGAAAAACUUCAAAUUUUACAGCAGCAGCAUGUAAUUGAGAUAGAAAAAAUGAGAGAGAAGCAAGAACAAGAAAUAGAUACAAUACUGAAAGAGAAAGAAACGGUUUUCCGUACGCAUAUAGAAGAGAUGAAUGAAAAAACAUUAGAAAAACUUGACGUGAAACAAACAGAAUUAGAAGCGUUGUCAUCUGAGCUAUCUGAAGCACUAAAAGGACGUCAGGAUUUAGAACAAGAGCUCUCAGAAUUGAAAAGUAAAUUGGGUGAAGCAAAGCAAGAAUUUGAAGGAAAGUUGGAAGCAGAGAGGAAUCAACACAAAGAAGAGAUUGAAGUUAUGAUAAAAGAGCAUGAGGUGUCUAUUCAAGGAGUCGAGAAGGUACUGAAGGAGGAACUGAACCAAAUGAAGCAAUCGUUGGAGGAGAAGGAGAGACUGCUGGAGGAAAUAAAAGCACAUGAGCAAGAACUAAAGGAAUCUGCACAAAGAUCUGAAGCUGAACUUGUCCAAGUGUCUGCAAGGCUAGUGGAGGCUUCACUAUCUCAGCAGAAUACUUCUAAUGAGCAGGCAAAGCAAUACGAAGAGGAAUUAGCAAAGCUCCAGCAAAAGCUGAUGGACCUGAAAGGAGAGAAAUUGGAACUUAGUGAGCAGUUAGUAAGAACUGAAUCCCAGCUGAAUGAAGUCAAGAAGGAGUUAGAAUUGUACACCUCUCAGGUACAUGACCUGAAGCAGCAUUUGCAAGAGCAAAGCGAUGAAAAUACCCAGAAAAUAACAUCUCUAACACAACAGUAUGAAUCUCAACUGAGGGAUCUACAGGAAGAGGCUGAUAAGGCAAAGCAAAGUCUAACUGAAAGGGAAAAUGACAUCGAACAUGUGAGGAAAGUACAGAAUGAACAAAUGGAAGAGCUUAAACAGAAACUGUUAGCCGCAGAGGAGAGAAUUAGUACUUUACAAGGAGACUAUGAAAAUAAGCUAAAACGUCAGGAAAACAAAAUGGAGAAAAUGAAGCAGAAAUCGAAAGAUAUGCAGGAAGCCUUCAAAAAGAAACUCGCUGAGCAAGAAUCGAAGCUAAAGAAAGAGCUUGAAAAUAAGCAAUUGGAGUUCAGUCAGAAAGAGAGUGAAUUCAAUGCUAAAAUGUUGGAAAUGGCACAUGCCAGCUCAGCCGGAAUCAAUGAUGCUGUGACAAAACUGGAGUCUAAUCAGAAAGAGCAACUGGAGAGUCUUGCUGAGGCUCAUAAGAGGGAGUUGGAAGAAAUUAGCCAAAGUUGGGAAAAGAAACUCAGUCAGCAGGCUGAAGAGCUCCAGGAAAAACAUGAAAUGGAACUGCAAGAGAAAGAGCAGGAACUUGGAGAUCUGAAAGAGAAACUUGCCACCUGCAGUGCUGAAAAAGAGGACUCGAGGACAGAAAUAACCCGACUGAAGGAAGAGCAAGUCAAGAGGAAUGAGACCCUGAAGCAAUUGCAAGAAGAUCUAGAACAGUCCUUAGCUCAGAUGAGUGCUCUGUCAAAUAGUGAAAGUGGCCUGAAAGCACAGCUCCAAAAGCUGGAGGGUGAUCUUAGUCAGUCCCUGAAAGAGAAAUUAGGACUUCAGGAACAGAUCAGUAGGCAGAAAGCAAUUGAAGAGAAGGACAAAGCCAGAAUUACUGAGCUGGCAGAUAAGCUGAAAGCCCUGGAAGAGAAACUCCAAACUAUGCAGUCUUCUCACAAUAAGGAUCGUGAAAAUUAUGAGAAAAAAAUCGAGGCUUUUCAGCUACAAGAAACUGAGGUUAAGGAGCUUGCAGCACAAUUAGGUGCUUAUUGGAAGAGCGCUGAAGUUCUAUUGCAAACAAAAAGCAAUGAACUAAUUGAAAAAUGUAAUGAAAAAAUUGGCAUAGUAACAUGCAAAAUUGCAGAAUGUGAGCGCCAAACUAUAAGAGUUAAAGAAGCGGUAAUUGUUAAAAUGAAUAAGUCAGUGCAGCAGCUGCAAGAGAAGGACAAUGUAAUACAGUCCAUGAGGGCUGAUAUUGAAGGUCUUGUAACAGAAAAGGAACAAUUGCAGAAAGAAGGAGGGCAUCAGAAGCAAGCAGCAACAGAAAAAGAAACUUGCAUAACACAGCUCAGGAAGGAGUUAUCAGAAAAUAUCAAUGCUGUCACCUCAAUGAGAGAGGAACUCCGGGAAAAGGAAUCAGAGAUCUCAACUCUCAACAAAACAAUAAAUGAGCUUAACGUUAGACUUGAAAGCAUGGUAAGCUUAACAGAGAAGGAGGCAGCCAUCUCUCUAUUAAGCACUCAACAUCAAGAGGAGCGGUUGCAGUUGUUAAACCAGGUACAGGAGUUGUCAUCCAGUGUUGAGCUACUGAGACAAGAAAAAGCAUCGGCUCUUGAGCAGGUGGAUCAUUGUACAGCCAAGCUGUCAGAGUGGAAGACAAAAGCACAAACGAGGUUUACACAAAAUCAUGAAACUAUUAAAGAUUUGCAGAGCAAACUUGAGGUAAGCAAUACCCAAGCCACUAAAAAAGAUGAAGAGCUAAAUAAGCUGAAGGAGGAGCUGGCUCAGCGAGGCAAGGAUCUGGAUAGUUUAAAAAGUGCCCUGGAACAAAAGGAAAACAGGAUAGAAAAACAAGAAAGUGAGUUAACUGCAGAAUUAAAAAUCCAAGCAGCAAGAGUUGCUGAAUUGGAAGAACACAUUGCUCAGAAAACUUCAGAAAAUGAUUCCUUGAUGGAAGAACUUAGGAGGUAUAAUGAACAAAAAGACGCAGAGCAAAAAGAGGUAGCUUGGCAACUCCAGCAGGCAGAGAAGGUUGCUUUUGAAAAAGACAAUAGAUUUAAGGAGGCUGAAGAAAAAGUGCUCAAUCUUGAAAAGGAAGUAGGUUCUCUGAAAGCUGAACGUGAAGCAAAAGAGAGAGAAUUUGAUCAAAUGAAAUCAGCAAUACUUAAAAGCAAAGAGGAAGAACUAAAAGAGUUAGAAGAGAGACUGAAUGCAGAGAACAGCAUGAAGUUGGCAGAUCUGAAAAAGAAGGCAGAGCAAAAAAUUGGUUCUAUUAAAAAGCAAUUGUUGUCUCAAAUGGAAGAAAAGGAACAGCAAUUAAAACAAGAUAGAGAAAAUCAGGUAAGACAUUUGGAACAAAAAGUGCAGGAAAGAGAGGCCAAAAUUGAAUCCCUGGAAGAAAAGAUGAAGUCAACAAAAGAUUCCAUGGAAUUAGAGAGAGAAAUGCUGCAAAAAAUAGAGAGUGCUAAGGCUGCUAUAGAGCAAGAAAAAAAUGAAAUACUUAAGAGUGUCCAACAGACACACGAAGAGAAAACGAACGAGUUACAGAAGGACUUGAUAGAGAAAAACAAGUUGUUGCAGAAGUAUGAAAGCGAACAACGUGAAAGUAUAGACUCUCUUCUAGAACUGCAAAAGAAACAGGAAGAGCUCCUUAAAAAAUUGGAAUGUGCCGAGAAGAGACAGAGAGAGGAGCAGAGUGUGACUGAAAGGCUCAGGGAAGAGCUUGAAGAGCAGGCUAAAAAAUACUCCUUGCUAGUGGAUGAGCAUGCUCGGUGUGGUGGUGAUUUAGCAAGUAGUAGGGAAGAACUGAAAGCUAAAGAACAAAAAAAUCUGGAUAUGGAGAAUAUAAUUGGAGAUUUCCAGAAAAAAAUGCAGGAAAAAGAUGCAGUCAGUCACUCUUUAGAGCAGAAGGUGAGAGAAUUGGAAGAUAAUCUAGCUAAGGUAAAUGAAGCGCACAAGAUAGAGAUGGAAGAUAGAUGUUUGAAAUAUGAAGAAAACCUAAAAAGUUUACAGCAGCAGCUGGAAGAAAGAAAUGACCGCUUGAAAGCUUGUGAAGCAAAUGCUGAAGAAAAGACUAAAUCUGCUUUGGAGCUGCAGAAGUUACUGGGUGACAUGCAGAACCAGCUGAAGGACUUGCAAGCUAAACUGGAGGAGUCUGACAGGGAGAAACAGAAACUACGUAAGGAUGUAAACAGUCUUCAGAAAGACCUGCGUACUCUGCGAAAAGAACAUCAGCAGGAGCUUGACAUAGUUAAGAAGGAGUCCUUAGAAGAAAUGGAGCAGAAAAUCAGAUGUGAACAAGAAGACAUUGAAUUAAAGCACAACUCUACAUUAAAGCAGCUAAUGAGAGAGUUCAAUACUCAGCUUGCACAAAAAGAAAUGGAAUUGGAAACAGCUGUAAAAGAGACCAUCAGUAAAGCCCAAGAGGUAGAAUCCGAAUUGAUAGAAAACCAUCAGAUAGAGACAACUCAGUUGCAUAAAACAAUUGCAGAAAAAGACGAUGAUCUGAAAAGAACUGUGAAAAAAUACGAAGAGAUCCUUGAGGCUCGUGAAGAAGAAAUGACAACAAAAGUUCGUGAGUUGCAGACACAGUUAGAGGAGUUGCAAAAGGAGUCCAAGCAAAGGAUGGCAGAAAAGGACCAUCGAAACAGUGAAAAUGUAACAAUAGCAGAACUUCAGGCGCAGCUUGCACAGAAGACAACACUUGUCAAUGAUUCAAAGCUGAAAGAGCAGGAGUUCAAGGAGCAGAUUCAUGUACUGGAAGACAGACUGAGAAAUUAUGAAAAGAAAAUGUAUGUCACAUCAGUUGGAACACCACACAGAGAUGGAAAUCUUCAUCAUACUGACGUCUCUCUCUUUGGAGAGCCUACUGAGUUUGAAUACUUGAGGAAAGUGCUCUUUGAAUAUAUGAUGGGUCGUGAGACAAAGACGAUGGCCAAGGUUAUAACAACAGUGCUGAAGUUCCCAGCUGAUCAGACUCAGAAGAUACUAGAGCGAGAAGAUGCACGACCAUUGUUUGCCUCACCUCGCAGUGGUAUCUUCUGAAUAUUCCAUCAGUCUGUGCUUAGUUAGCAUGUGGUCAUGGCUACGACCGUCCUGAAGAGAUCACAGUGAGAAUGUCUCAUAACAGUGCUGCUUAGAAAUACGUUCAUAUCUCUGUUUGUUGCCCCUUGAGAGGGGGCGAGAAGAAAAGCUAUUAUUCAAGGUCACAAAUGGAACAGCAAGAACCAAAGCUCAGCACCACCUUUGGACCAUGAAUAUAGUUAAAACUGCCUUGACAAGAGACGCUAAUCAGGGGUUAUCUGGGGAUGAGUCUUUUUUCUCUUCUAUUGAACACUCUCUUCUAUUUUGUGUUAAAGGUUAUUUUUUUAAAGGAGAGAAAAGACUAGCAUAGGAAGGAAUUGCCCAUUACUGUAUCUCUAUACAGGUUUCACUGGGUGUUUUUUAAGAGUUGAACUAAAUGGUUUGUCUCUUCUAUUUAUUUUUUUAUUUUUGAAUGAAUUGUGCAAUACAUUUUUGGAUGGAUAGCAGUUGAGGUGAUUUUUCCGGAUGAACUGGGCACUCUUGUUUGACUACUCCUCUACCAAUUUGAUCUUCUGAUUGUUUGCUAAAGGUCACUUCCUCUAUGCUUUUGCCUACAAUAAAUCCGAAUUGCAGUACCUCAUUUGUUUACUUCUAGCUUUUGUACUUAUAUUUUCUGGAAAAAAAAAAAAAAAAGUACAUUACUGUAAAUUGUAAAUAGUUAAUACAUAACUGUAUCAUAAUGCUGAUCUGUGAUUGUUGACAGCACUAAUCUGACAGGGGCUGAGAUGAAAUAAAGUUUAUUUACUAUAUAAUUUUGGAACUUCUUGUUGCUUGCUGCUUCUUUUGAAAGGCUCCACC